CCUCUCAAACAAACUGAAACAACACCAGAGAAGAGAGAGAGAGAGAGAGAGAGAGAAACGAUGGGAAGGAAUUCGUGCAGUUUCAAGGAAGGGCUUAACAAAGGAGCAUGGACUACUGUGGAAGACAAGCUCUUGACGGCUUUCAUCAAUAUUCAUGGAGAAGGCAAAUGGACGACUGUGCCCUACAAAGCAGGAUUGAAAAGAUCUGGGAAGAGCUGUCGGCUCCGAUGGCUAAAUUAUCUAAGGCCCAACGUUAAACGUGGAAACUUUUCCGAGGAAGAGAACGACCUCAUCAUCAGGCUUCAUAAGCUCCUUGGCAAUAGAUGGUCAUUGAUCGCUGGAAGACUACCAGGUCGAACAGAUAAUGAAAUAAAAAAUUAUUGGAAUACAACCUUAGGUAAGAUUGCAAGCUUUCAACAUCAACCACAUCAGCCAAGCCGCCCAAGCAUCAUACAAAGGCCUCCUGCUUCUAAUCUCAUAUUUCCAUCACCAUCAUCUUCAACACCAUCACAAGCUACAAAUAAUGAUAAAACUUUAAUCCGAACAACAGCCAUAAGGUGCAAUAAUGUGAUUAUUCCAAUGCAGCUACCAUCUUCUUCAACAAGCAAGAAGGAUAUCCCAAGCAUGCAAUUAGCAGAAGAGUCAAUGGCUAAGGUGGCUAGUGACAUGCCCAAAAGUAGCAAAGUUGGUCCCAUGGUCGAAGAAGAGCUUUUUAAGGAAUUUUUUCAGUUGGAUGAGAAUAUGGUUUUGAACUACAACAGCUUCGAUGAUGACACCAAUGUUGCAUUUCCUACACAGGCGAGUGUAAUGGAGUUUUAAGGAUUGCAGGAUUUUGAGACCUGGAUGCUGAAUGAUGAGGAUGUUGAUUGCCUUCCUGAUGAUGAUCAAAUGCAAUUGUUAACCUCUUUAUUUGAUCUUGGAGGUGGAUUCUAGGGACAACUCAUUUAUUAUUUAUUCUUGAGUUACAUGUUGUUGGUUUAUCAUAGUUUUGUAUGUGAUAAUAUCAAUGUUCAGUGAGGCUUCUAAUGUGGCUAGGGAUGAAAUUGUGAAGGGGUUGAGGAUAACUCUAUCCUUAUUCAAUUUUAGAAAUAUAUAUAUAUAUAUCUAUAUAGUAAUAGACUCUUAAUUAUGUCUGA